AGUAGUUUUAGUACAACAAACAAAAUUUUCUGCUCAGCUGUAAAUAUUCAGUAUUUACAUAAGAGAUAUAGAUAAGGGGAAUAAUAGAUGGCUGACAUCUGAGUGGUCUCACGGACUCACUGAAGGCUGUGAUCACGUGGGUUUCUGUACAGGAUCAGACAAACAGAAUCCCAGUGUUAAAGAGGUAUUCGGUGGUUUUCGAAAGAUUUCCCAUCUUUCUCCUGUUGGCAAGGAGCAGUGAGCUCAGUCAGCUGUCUGCAGCCUGCUGACUAACGAUCCUCCACAACUGCAGGGUGAGAGGGAAUCCUGCACACGUACAGCUUGGGAUUUCCACGGCACAGAAAGGAAAUGCUGCAUGAUGUGUAUUUUCAGAGUGCUUUAUAAGUCUCAGUUGCAACAAAGCAUUCAGUGUAAGGAAGAGGUUUACUCCUUCUUCAGAGGCUGAACCAGCAAAGACAGCAAAGCCAAUGUGAUUCAUUCAGUGAAGACAGUGGACAAUUACCACCAACUUGAUCACAUUUUGCCUUGAACAGCUGAAACUACUAGGUGAAAAUGACACAGCAAAUGCAUAAUUUAAGUCUCCUCCAGAGUAAAAAGAACAGUAUGCCAUCUUCUCCAAAUGCUGCAAAGCGAUUGUAUCGGAACUUGUCAGAGAAGCUGAAGGGGAGCCACACAUCCUUUGAUGAAGCGUAUUUCCGAGCGCGCUCGGACCGGCUCAGUCUCCGUAAGACCUCGGUGAAUUUCCAAUGCAAUGAAGCUAUGUUUGAGGCCGUAGAACAGCAAGAUCUGGAUGCUGUUCAGAUUCUUCUCUAUCAGUACACACCAGAGGAACUGGACCUGAAUACUCCAAACAGUGAAGGACUUACUCCUUUGGAUAUUGCCAUUUUAACUAACAACAUCCCUAUUGCUAGGACUCUUCUACAUGUUGGGGCAAAAGAAAGCCCACACUUUGUUAACAUGGAAAGCAGGUCAGUGCAUCUGUGUACAUUGGUCCAGGAAGCACAGCAGCGAGUUACUGAAUUGUCUGCACAAGUGAUGAAUGAAGGCCUUGGUACAGACAACACAGAAAAAGAGAAGCAACUAAAAGCAUGGGAAUGGAGAUACAGGCUAUACAAGCGCAUGAAGGCAGGCUACGAGCAUGCUAGAGCCCCUGAGGCGCCAACCAAUGUCUGUCUCAUGGUAACAAGCAGUACAUCACUCACUGUCACCUUCCAAGAACCUCUGAGUGUCAACUCAGCUGUGGUGACCAAGUAUAAAGUGGAAUGGAGUUGUUCAGAAGACUUUUCUCCUUUGGUCGGUGAAAUAAUUGUGGAUAAUCUUCAGUCUUUGAGAUGCACCAUCACAGGUCUCAGAACAGGCCAGAAGUAUUACAUUCAUGUUUCAGCAUACAAUAUGAGAGGAUGGGGACCUCCACGAAGAUCUACUCCUGCAUAUGCUUCUCCUUCAAACUGGAAAGACUGCAGUGGAAGAGAGCCUGGACACAGGGGACAUAGUGAGGCCCUGGAACGUCUCCUUCAGCAGGUUCGAGCAGCUCAUCAGCAUUAUAAUUGCAGAGAAAGUUCCAAAUUACAGAACACUGGUCGCAAGCAGUCAGUCUCUAGAAGCCUGAAGCACCUUUUUCAUUCAUCAAACAAGUUUGUGAAGACUCUGAAACGGGGACUCUACUUAUCUGUUAUAUUUUUUUACAAAGACAAUCUGUUAGUAACCAAUGAAGAUCAGAUCCCAAUUGUGGAAAUUGAUGACUCUCACAGUAGUUCAAUCAUGCAGGAUUUCCUGUGGUUCACAAAGUUGUCUUGUAUGUGGGAUGAUAUCAGAUGGCUGAGGCAGAAUAUGUCUGUAUCCAUCUCCUCAUCAACAACACUUCAAGCCAGGCAAAAGAUGCUUUCUGCAGCAGCACAGCUACAGAAUUUGCUGGGAACUCACAACCUAGGCAGAGUUUUUUAUGAGCCAAUCAAGGAUCGGCAUGGCAAUGUAUUGAUUGUUACUAUAAGAGAAGUGGAGAGUCUUUAUUCAUUUUUUAAUGGCAAAUGGAUGCAGGUAUCCAAACUACAAAGCCAGAGGAAAUCCCUUUCAACGCCAGAGGAGCCAACAGCAUUAGACAUUUUGCUUAUAACAAUCCAGGACAUACUCUCCUAUCACAAAAGAAGUCAGCAACGCCUCCCUCCUGGAUUGUAUCUGGGUUACCUUAAACUCUGCAGUUCUGUGGAUCAAAUCAAAGUCCUUGUGUUGCAGAAGUUGCCUAAUGUCCUCUGUCAUGUCAAAAUCCGAGACAACAGCAAUGUCUCCAGAGAUGAGUGGGAAUGGAUCCAAACACUUUCUGGCUCAGAAUCUGUGGAAAGUAUGGAUCAUACUUCAGACUGCCCUACUCAAUUGUUCUUGUAUGAGCUCCAGAUGGCAGUGAAAGCUCUCCUUAAACAGAUCAAUCUACCUCUGCAUCAGGCUAAGCACUUCCGUCUGUAUACACAGGAGGUGUUGGAACUGGGUCACAAUGUCUCCUUUCUUCUCCUGCUCCCCGCCUCAGACGACGUCUGCACUGCCCCAGGACAGAAUAAUCCUUACACCCCACACUCAGGAUUUCUUAACCUCCCUCUUCAGAUGUUUGAACUCGUUCAUUUUUGCUGUUACAAGGAAAAAUUUAUAAGCCUGUAUUGCCGCCUUUCUGCUGUCAUAGAGCUGGACUCUCUGAAAACCCAGCAGUCCCUGAGGGAAGCAAUUUCAGACAGUGAAGUCGCUGCAGCCAAACAAAGACACCAGCAAGUUGUGGACUACAUACAGCAAGUUGAUGAGAUCUGGAGGGAAAUGAGAUGGAUCACAGAAGCACUGCAGUACGCAAGAUACAAGCAGCCUGCAGCUGGCCUACCAAUAAAGAAACUUGUGAAUCUUUCAGAAGAACACUCUCAAAAGAAAGUCAGUUCAACAUCUUCACAUCUAGAUUGCCUUCCCUCACCUCCUUCCUCACCUGAGGCUAGAAGUCAGAGGAGAAAAGCUGUAAGCGAUUCCCAGCCCUGCUCAGAUGAAGAAGGCUGUUCAGAAGUAUUCCUUCCAACUGACAGUGACUAUGAUUCCAGUGAUGCAUUAAGCCCCAGAGAAUUAGACUUGAUUUACUCCUCCCCACAUGACAUAUCCCAGCAGGCAGGCAGUGGCCUGGGCGGUAGUGCACCUGAUGUCCUCCAAGUCCACGACGUGAAGCCUUGCCUAACACUGAAAGAAGGCCUGACAGAAUGUAGUGCCUUUGAUUCUAAUGCUGAAUAUUGCACAGAGUAUAUGAGCAAUCUAACAAUGUCAGGGAUUACAUCAAAAAGCAUAGACAAGUCCUCUAGCUCCAGGCAGCCACUGAGCUUUUUAGGGAAAAAGAGACUAGGGAAACAUCAGCAUUACAACUACUUCAGCAGGCAUCAUCGUUGGCUGCGUGUGCACAGCGAGACACAAUCUGCCUCUCUGUCUGAAGGUGUGUAUACUCAGCAUCUCACGAGAUCUUCAGAUUUAUCUCAAGAACCUACCUCCAGUGAGCAGUUACAGAUUCCCAUCGACGAGUCACGGAGCACUUUCUUACCUCAUGCAUCCAGCCUUCCAGAAGAUGGAAAAGGCAAGUAUGAGGAAUCGAGGCAAAAUGUCCAUAGGAUACACAUGGCACCUUAUAAAACAACAUUUCUGAGUGAAGAGGGCAAAUCCUGGGCAAUGAGCAUGCAGUCUGUAGAAAAUGAGGAUGUGCACAAUGCUAUGCAACAGAAAAUGGGUUCGGAUGAUCCUGUGGGUUCUGCUGUCUCAGAAGUAUUCAGCAGCACACUGUAACUCCAGACUUCUGCACUGCUUCCCAUUGCUCCACAAGGAGGUAGAGAGCAUUAUGCAUAUGGGGCCAUACUUUCAAAACUACUUUUAGAAGUCCAGCUCCUGAAAUGACAACUUGUGUCAUUCAGAAGAAUCCUAACCAUUUGAUUCCAUCGCCAGAUUCCCAGUCUUACAGCAGUAUCUGCCAUGAUGCAAGGAGUAUUACUUGUAUCAGCAGUUUUGCAAGUAGGGUCGCACAUAACAGGAUGCUUUGUGGCUGCAAAUCCAGUGAUCAGUCUUUGCAGUUGUCUUAAUUUCCAGAUAUUUCUAAGCAUGCGAAAUUUUAAGCAUGAGUGGUUCUGACUGCAAUGUAGCAGAAAUUGUAACAUCCUUGGUGUCCUCAUGUUGGGACUGUGUCCUAAGCCUCUAUGAACCUGUUUUCCAGCAUCUCCUAUGCAUUUUUCUUCUUCUCAGCCCUUUUGAAUACAUUGAGGUUGCAUGUAACUGAAGUGCUAACUGAUUUAGUAACAGUUAUCCCACAAUAUCUAGCCACUGUAGAGAAUUGAGCAUUUUUUCAGUAUCUAAAAAAUCCAGUCAUCCUUAACACUGCAUGCACAAUCUCUGAAUGUUGCCAGAGCCUGACAAAAUUAUCACAGCGUUUGAGGGUUUUUUUUUCAGAAGCUCAGAUUUCAAAUGACAUAAGUAGCAGGUUAUUUUAAAGGCUUAAACAGGAGUCAACCUUUGAGGUCAGAAGCAGACAGAAUGAGUCCAAUCUCUCCAGAGUGAACAUACACAAGGUCUAAGUAGGAGUGAAGAAAAGCUUGGUCCUCUACCCACCACACAUGCGUGCAUUUCUUUAUGUUGCAGAGUCUCUCAAACAUCCACUGGAAAGAAAUGCUCCUACUUUUGUUCCUGAUUUUUCAGUGUAUAUUCAGGGGUAUCUGAUCACUAUGUCUGAAAUUGGGAUGUUCUGGCAAUUCCCAUUAGGGAAAUUUGGGGUGCAGUUUAAAGCUACAAUUUUUUGUUUGUUUCACCAAUAAACAUUGGUAUCCUUAGAAGAGUGCAAAAUGGCGUGUUAGCAUGCUGUUAGCAUGCUGUAUUUGUCUAAAGGCAGAUCACAACUUUGUCAUUUGCAACCAGAAUAAGACUCAGAGUACUACAAAAGAUGAGCUCAACAAAGAAAUCUAUAUUAAUGAGAACCAUAACAUCUGAGUCACUGAGAAAUGAACUAAUGUGAAGAGAAACCCCAGCUGUUGCACAAGCUUUAAUUUUUCUUAUACAGUUCUUGAAGUUUAAUUUUAUGGGCCACAUUCCUGCUGGUUAAAUUCCCUCACUCCAUGUUUGCGCAGCCUUCUACCCUUCAAUUUUUCAGCCUCCAGGUGGAUACAUUCUAAGGCCUCCAAUAAAGAGAUUUGAGUUAAAUAGUUGAGUUUACAAGUCCUUGAGGUGAAGGUAAGGAUUUGGGCCCAUGAUCUGUGGUCCUUAUUAAAAUAGCACUUCCAUAACCCCAGCGCUAUUAAAAUCCCUGUGAACUCAAUCCAUAAAUUCAAAAAUAAAUGUUAUUCACUAUUUCAUGCUUGGUCAGUAUGCAGAAGCCAAGAAGAGCUUAAGCAGUGAUAUAAGGGCAGAAACUUUCUAUAAUGUAUUUACAUUUGUAACUUCUCUUUUUUGGGGGGAGAGGAAAGUUAACUUUUUGUACCAGUGAUAUUCAUAAUGUGAUACAACCCUCAGUGAGGAUGGAAACAUUUCCAUUCACUUCCAGAGGCUCCAAACAAGACCCAUACUGAAAAUUCCUGUGGGUGAGAAGAUGGGGGAGCAAAAGUCUCAGUGCCAAUUUGCAGCUAGAAGGACAUGCAUUGUAUGUUGUAUGCCACAUGAAAUUGCAUGGGGAAAACCUGACUCACACACCAUAGAACCAAACAGUGAUGUUUUACCAUUGCUGAAGGCAGCAACACCUUGUUACAUUGGGUUAUGUUUGUUAGCAGAAGGCUGUUUGUCAGGGAGAGACAAUUUUCUAGAAUACAGCAUCUAGCCCAGGCUCCCCUGACCUUUUCAGCCUCUGAGCAAUGCUGCCAAGUAACUGCUUACUGAAGAAUAAAAACAACAGUAUGCUGAGACCGAGUUUUUGUGAAAUGUGAUGAUACAAAACAAGAUGAUAUUCCUAAAAUGAAACCCACCUUGCUUUGCUUUGGCUUUUCAGGACAAACAGAACAGUGAGGGCACGAAGUAGCAAAACCUUCAGCAGAAGAACAGGUACACACUGCUGGAUAGAUAAGGCUGUAAAAUCUCUUUUAUCCACUCCUUCUGCUGGGCUUUUCCAGAAGUAGUCAUGUAUCUAAUAAAGAACUGAGGAAAAGGUUGACUUUUCCCUAAUUUUGCCUGCCUGUGUGUGCUAUGGCAGAAUUUCACUCUGGGAGUGCAAAUGCCAGCCAGAAUCUACUGCACCUUGAUUUUAACUUUGCUAUCUGGAAGUGGUGUUUAUGUGACAUCCUGCAGGGCAUUCCUCCUUGAUCCCAUUGCCUCUAGACUGAGGUUCUUUCCCAACUGUAACAGUCAAAAUAGUUCUGACUUUAAAUACUUCUGUUCAUAAAGCACUUAGUAUUCUUUUGAAAGAAAUAUCUGUUCUUUGUUCUAAAUUGAUAUCCCAGAGAUAAAUAAAUAGUAGAAAGAGAUGCCUUUCAAGCAUAGUGGUAACACUAAUCAUAACACUUCUGUGGUUCUCGUAGGAAGAUCACUCACACGUUUCCCAAGCAACUACUGCAAUUCGGAAGAGCCCUGUGAAGUACAGCACUGUUACCCUCACCUCAUAGAAGCACAGAAGGAUUGAGUGACUGUUCCAAGUAGACCUUAGAGUAAAGGCUCACAGUAAGAAAUCAAAUUAAAAUUAAGAACCCAGACGGUUGCUUUAAUCACUGGGAACCCUUACUCCAGCUGGAGCUAGGGUCCUUCUCAGAGGAUUCAUGCACAGACAAAGGAAAUACUGAGUUUCACAGCCCAGCACAUACUAGAAUCUCUUGAGUCAGCUUGUUUGAAUGAGUCUGUACCCACGUACGUCAGCUGAAGCUCAGAUCUGAAGUGGGUACUUAGGCUCUGCAAUCUUCUGGAUAGCUGUCUUUCUUAGCUAACAGCUUGGCACAGAGCUUCUGUCCUGUGUUUUUCAGGGAGUUUAUUUUCACCUGGGCUGAACCCACCUCCUUCUAAUUUCCAGGCAUCACUUGGACUGGCCAGAAAAAAACCAUACCGCUCUAACAUUAUGGCCCCACAAGAAACCAGUAGACCCUGUGGUCUAAAACAUUCCUGUUUCUGCUAGCAGAGUGCUAGAUAUAGGUAAACUGCAAGUUUACACUAAUAAUUCUUUGCAUCUGCAAGAUUGCUUGAAGAAACCUGUGGCUCAAAAGCAUUUAUCUCCUAUGCUUGCACAUGAUUUGCUUUGCCUAGAUAUUAAUAAAUAAGUAGAUUUUCUACACAGCAAGGGCACAUACAGAGAAAUAUAUAAUUAAUAAUUCACUGAUGAAGCAUAAAUAUUUUUAAAGACAAACAUUAAGGGGAGAGGAGGAGGAUGUAAUAUUACGUCCUGAACAUUUUAUAGUGUAUUGGAGAGACAUGAUGUAUCUUUACAUUUCUUAUAGAACAAAGAAAUGCAUUAAGUUGCUGGUCAACUCUUUCAAGGUGUUUAAACUCAUGGCUCAUGACUGUUAUGUAAAACUUCAAUGGAGCCUUACACAACAAGGGCAUAGUGUAUUUGAAAACAUGGUACACAACUUGGAAACUUACUCUGAAUUUCUCUGAGGUGUUGAACUUUGCCAUCAGCAAGAAGUAUUUUUAGAAAAGAGACUGUGAAUUUUCAGGCAACAGAGACUUCAUCAAGGUGGGUCUCUAAUUUUUCCACUACAGCAGAACAUUAAAUAGCUAGAAUACCUUAUUUGUAAGUAUAAUUUAUCUUUUGAUUCCGUGAAGGAGAAUUCAUAAGACUAAAUCAUGUCAGAGAAGUAUGAAACAGAGCUGUUGGCCAGAAAAUUCUCUGCAAAAAAGGGCACCAUUCCCCAAGGUGAGCUGAGAGCUGUACUCUGGAAAUGUGCUAGGACAGUAGUCUGUCCCCCUUUGUGCAGGCACAAACUACAGUUGUCUCUGCUGCUAAGUGUUCACUAAGUCAGUAGGAGCUUUUCUGUUGAUUUGACGAGGCUUUGGAGCAGGCCCCACAUGCUGCUGAAAGCUGUGUAGAUCCUACUAGCACAGAGAUCAUCUCCUCUCCAUAUUGAUGUUUAUGAGCUCUUACCCAGCUGGCUGUCUCUCACACUGUGCUUUUGGGAUGAAAUAAGAGCUACGCUAGAAUAUCUUCCUCAGCCUUUUUGUAACAAAUCUUGGGCAAGAUUUAGCCUUUAAAACAGUCAUCCCAUAGUAGGGUAAAGUGUCAUUAAGCUUGUCUGUCACUAGGCUACAGAAAGCCUCCUAUUUUGCUAGUCAAAUAAUAGGAAGAGAUUUCUUAGGGUUUUUUGUUUGUUUGUUUUGUGUUGUUUUUUUUGUUUUUUUGUUUUGUUUUUGUAAAGUUAUGUGAAAUUGAUAUUAAAAAAAGGAAGUUACUGGUACAGCACUAAUUACCUUCAAACUGUGAACUACAGUAAUUUAUAUUUUAAGCUAAACGCACAGACUUUUUGUGUUUUGCUUUAUAUAAAGGUCAGUCUGGGCCCAAUCCUGCUUUCCUUGGUCCUCAUUCCUGGGUCUUUUGCACCAGUGUAAAUCACUGCAGCUGAGCCAGGUUCCCCAGCCAUAAGGUGGGACUGCUCUGCUCCACUCGCCCUCCAGGCGCUCAGUGCGGCCAAGGGCCUGGAGCCCUGCGCUCACCCUGAAAGCAACACAGCUAGCUGGCGUCAAAAACAAUACGUGAGGAAGACAAAAGGGUUUUCAUCUCAUGGAAUGUUCCCCUAGAUGCCAAAGGGACUGUGGUGUAAGCAAGGUUCAGAGAGCGAGCCCACCCUGCUGCUGUGUGCUACUGGAGGGAAGCUUACGGCAGAACGCAUCGCUACGUUCCAUAAUAGGGACCUAAUUUCUCUCCCGCAUUAUGCAAAUGAAGUCAUGUUUACUGAAUGCUACGGGAGUUCCAGUUAUUUCACUGAAAAAAUGAAGGCUGUUCAGGGUUACGGGGGAGCUGGGGGAGGGCAGGAGGGGUUGUUUGCUUUUUUCCCCUCAGAGAAAAAGUAAUUUAAGUGAAAUGUGCAAGGCAGUGUUUAAUUGCUUCCUGCCUCGUUUGUACAUAGCAAUUUGGCUGUUUAUUGGUUGUCUUUGUUCAGAUUUUUAUUGUAACUUGUUGCUAUAUAUGCGACCAAGCGUAUGUUAAAGUUUAAACUUCGGUAUAUAAUAAUGCACAAUUUUAUGUGCUUUAAAACUUUGUAAAUAUAUAGAGGAACAAUGUAUGCUGCGCUAACUGUGAUCUUGGGACUUGACACAACAAUAUUUUCAUGCAUAUGUACCUACAAAUGGUUUGAAAAUAGCAAAAUAUAUAUUGAGGAUGGCAAUGAGCCAAGAGUAAAUGAGUGCCGUAUGACUCAUGCUUCUUUAAUAAUUCCUGAAAGAGGCAUGUAUAGUACAUAAAAUAGACAAUAAAAAUAAUUUUCAAGACUACAAAUAUUUUUUAUAACUUCAGAUAUUAAAUACUAUUUUAGAAAAGAAGAUUGGUCGGUAAAAGAAGUCUUAGGUUUAUUCAAGUGAAUCAUUGUCAUAAAAAUGUUCUUAACAGAAUUUUUUGUUUGAUCUACUAUCAUAGAAACCUGGCUCUCUUAAACUUCAGAAAACCUGAAGUGCUCUUGUAUUCUUACCGCUCCUACGAUCUUCUGAAAUCAUGUCCUUCAAGUCUGCUCCCUCAAUAACCAAAAAAGAUGCUAGCCUGUGCAUUCACACCACCCUACAGGCCAUGUGUGCUCGAGUCCCUUUUGAAAUAGGCUCUAUGUGACUAUCAUCGGGAAUCCACGUAUGUCAGCUUUACAGUCAGUGGAGAUCCCACUGCAGUUUGUGUUCUUCUCUGAAUUCUUUUAUUUUUAUUGGAAAGGGAAUUUUUCUAAGGCCAAUCUUUCAAAUACGGUCUCCAAAUUUUUAUUUUGGUCUAUAGAGUCAGAAAUCUACCAGACAAGGGCAUGGCUUCCAGAGUCUGUAUGUGAGAGUAAUCUCCCAGCAAAAACAACAGAAAUUGGAAAUCAUGUUGCAUAAAUGCACAUGCCUUAAUAUGUGAUAGGUGAUAUCUGGGCAGUCAGGUUUGUAGUGGCAUCUUUCCCGUCGGGGCGUUACACCUGCAGAAGUUGCUGUCAUACAGGCAAACAUCUGUGCAUCAGAGCAGUGACAGCACAGCCAUCCCAUGGCUGCACACCGGGCACAGUUACAGUGACAGCAGGCAGAAUCCGCUGUGCAUUCCUGGUGUGAAUCUGUGCUUUCAAGCCACGUUGUAAACACGCUGCAUUGAGAGUAUAUAUAAUCUGGUUGUAGUCGAGAAACACCCCAGAUAUUACCUACUGAAGGAAUUACCUUAUAAAGAGAAACACACUCUUCUGUUAUUAUUCUGUUUUUCACAUAUCCUUAUGUGAGGAAAAGCACCACAAAAUUUCUCAUUUAGUAUAAAUCUGGGUUAGUGUAUUUAAGCAGGAGAAACAAAAACAAGCCUGUUUCAAAUGCUGAAGGGAAAUUGGAGGGAUUCUGCUUUGGUAACGGUUUACCUUGUUUCAAACAUGCACAGGUUGCUGAAUUUAUUUAGCUGCCAUUCUGCCUGAGCCUCCUGACGCCUCAUGCACUCCCUCCCUUCUGUACAGAUAAUGGCAGAAUUGGAAUAAGUGACAUGGCCAAGGUCACAGAGCUUGUGACAGAGCAGGGACACCAUGUUCUGGCUAGCAUCCUUACCACGUCAUCAGUGCACAGGUAUAUAUGGGGAUGUAAGUGUGGGUGGAUGUUUGUAUGUCAGACAUGACAAGCCAAGUCAGUGCAUCCAACUGGAAUAUCUGUGGGUACUUUCACACAUGGAAAAUAUUUUAACCAAAAUGCAGCCAAAGUGGAGUUAAAUAAGGAAGCAAAGUAACUCCUACAAUGUUGGUCACUUCUGCUUCCUUGAUUUUUUAAUUUCAAAACAUUGUUACCACAUUUGCUAAGUUAGUGAAAAACAACCAACAUGCAGGUGUUUAGUCAUGUGCAGUAACACUGAGAAAUUAAACAGGAGAAACAGCACAAGAUAAAGGAUUUCUUCUGUGCAUGUACUCACUUUGAUGCACUUUGCAUGUAGCACACAUUUUUCAGGCCUGGUUGUUGACAUGUUUUGCUUGCCCAGAGCUAAGAGUUGUUCUUUACAUAAGAUAAGUAGGUGAACAGCUAAUUCCUACAGAGCUUUAUAACAAGUUUGCCAUGGGUUCCUAGAGGACAGUGCUGUUUUAUAACUGCCUCUGCAUUAUACACUGCUUUACUGAAAUGCUUAUAAGCCGACUGGAAAGAAGGCAGCAAACUCUUACAGGCAUGUUUUUCACUUGUUCUUCUGACAGCAAAAGAUCACCAUCUUGUUGUUCCAUUCCAGUGUAUUAACUUAUAUGAACUGUCAUCUCUCUGAACAAACUAUUAAUGUAUUUUUUAAUUCUGCCUUUAAAUAAAUAUUUGGGGUUUGAUUUGUGGUGGUUUUUUUGUUUGUUUGUUUGUUUAGCAAAUACACAAAAAACCUUUAUAAAUAACCUUCUCCAAUCUCUCUCCCAAAGAGUUUUCAAACUCUCCUUUCAAACCAACACAUGCUCAUUUCAAAAGGAGUUGCUUAAAAUACUUAUUUUGUCUUAGUUUCUAUUUAUAAAUAUUCAUUAAUUAGCUCUAAUUAAUCAGCAGAACUUCUGCUUCUUAUCUUUGCAAAUACCUGUAAUUAUUGUGAUUUUCAAGUAUGUUUUUAUUAUAGCAAACGUGCAGGACAAAAAUCAAGUUGAAUUCUCCCCUCUGCUACUCACCUGCUACUACUUACAGGGAAAAAAGCACUGAACUGAACAGCAACUUUUGAGCUUUACAAACUAAUAUUAAAGUACAUUUAAAGACAAGACAGCCUUUUUCUACCGGUAAAUGUUAAUGCUUUCUCUAGGAAAUAUCCAAAUAAAAUCUUUGAAUUUGGUGAGGUGGGCAUUCUUGUGACUGAAACAAUGUGAUAUUUCCAACAUGAUUUAUUUCAGCCAACCAAAUUAAAAAAAAAAAAAAAGGCAAUGCCAAAAUGGUGUUUGUCAGUGCUGUUUGUAAUCACUUUGUGAAAAUACAAGAGCAAAACAUCUCCAGUGUGGAUGCCUUCAUUAACAGACCCACAAUAGUGGCUGGCCUGAAUCCCAUCUGUCAGACACGCUGACUUCUGCCACUGCUGCUGCUUUAUGGGUGCUUGGAGCACUUCUGACAGUCAGUGCUCACAUCAAUCAGUCACACACAUAUGGGAACGUGGCUCUGCUUCCCCUCAGCUGUGACCAUUUCUGGUGAUUUCGCCACUUAAUGGAGGUUCUUCAUGAGAACCUGCACGGCCUUUACCUUUUCCCAUACUGCUUUAAAAAUGCAUGAGAAAUGAAAACGUUGCCUUUUUGCUUGUCACUUUUUUCCCCCUGAAGAAAGGAAAGACAGAAAGGAGCUAAACCAGGACCUGGGCUUGAAUAGCUGAAUAUGUAUUCUCGUGGCAACGCAGGCUUUGAACCCAGCCCCAGAACAAGGCUGUUUCCAUCUUUCUUUGGGGCACGCUCGCUCUUCCCCGCGUGUGCCCUGUGGGCUCGCUCUCAUCCCCCUCUCUCUCGCGGCUCCAUCCUGAUCCCUCUCUUCCUCCGCUCUGAGUCACAAGAGCAACAACCCUGCCUGCUCCGACCCAGUCAGUGCCUCAGCUGUUCGGGUAAAGCCCACGCUCCCGCGGGACUCACGUUUGAGUACAACCCCAGGAUUGUCAGGGCUCUGGCUGGCAGUGCUGCCGAGGGGACAGUCUAAGGCUCUAUUUUAAUCUUCUGGAGCCCAGCCAAGCACUGGAACGGAGCUGCCAGCACGAGGGGGGCCCUCCUGCUCACUGCGCCUGACCUCCCAUCAGGAGAGGUGCUGCCGUGUUCCUUCUCAAACUACUAGGGCCCUUUCAUUGCGCUGACCUCCCAUCACGAGCGCUACCAAGGAUCCAGCUUUGACUACUGGGGCUCAACCCUGGCUCCGCUCCAGCCCACGAGCCGCACGCUGCUCGUCUCCAGACGUACGAGCACCGCGGGGUUCUGCUGCAGCACCGUCCGCUCGCUGCAUCUCACUGAGCUGGACAUUCCCCUGCACAGUUCUCAGCUGACGUGUCAUUUUAUUUGGAUGGAAGCGCGCAAUGAGCACUCCUGUAUGGGUUUGGUACCAGCCUGAAUCCACAGCGCUGGCGUCAGCUUGACAAGCGCUGCACGCUCGGUGCUUUGCACCCACGGGCAGUAAUGAGGCAAAGAUGGCACUGCGGUGUGCUGGGCGUGGAGGAGGUCCGAGUGCACCUCACCCUGCCGCACAGCGCUCUGUGCCGCACAGCGCUCCGCACUCCGGCCGGCUCCGCCGCUCAGGCAGCACGC